GUCGGUCCUGAUCAGGCAACAUUCGAGGGUCGUGUUGUGGUUGUGUGUGAGAAGAUGAUGUCCCAGCCUUGUUGGACUUCUUCUAACCAGCUCAUCCACAGUAAAAACUCAAGAGGGAUGACUUUACUGCAUCUGGCUGCAGCUCAGGGCUAUGCAGGGCUCAUCCAAACACUCAUUCGCUGGCGCACAAAGCAUGCAGACAGUAUUGACCUGGAACUGGAGGUGGAUCCCCUCAACGUUGACCACUUCUCAUGCACCCCACUGAUGUGGGCGUGUGCUCUGGGCCACACGGAAGCAGCACUCGUGCUUUACCAGUGGGACCCAAGAGCUCUGGCCAUUCCUGAUUCAUUGGGACGCCUGCCACUGAACAUCGCCCGAUCCAGGGGCCACACUCGCUUGGCUGAGCUUUUGGAGCAGCUGCAACAGAGUCCUCAGCCCCAGCCAGUGGACUCUUGGAUGGGAAGAUGGAGGGAAGGAGCACAGACUGGAGGAAAAAGCAAUAGCCCUAGUCCUAAUCCAAACCCAG